GGAUGUUACAUUCUGAGUCACUCUUCAGGUUGCUGUGAGAGGAGCUCAGAACACCCAACAUGGAUGUCCUGACCUAUGAUGAUGUGCAUGUGAACUUCACUGAGGAAGAGUGGGCAUUGCUGAAUCCUUCUCAGAAGAGUCUCUACCAAGGUGUAAUGCAGGAGACCUGUAGGAAUCUCAGUGCUAUAGGCUACAUUUGGGAAGACCAUACUACUGAAGAAUGUUGUAAAAGUUCAGGAAGACAUGGAAGGUAUGAAAGAAGUUUUACUGGAAAGCAAACCUUUGAUUUUAUUCAGAAUGGUAAUGGCUUUGCAGUUCAGAGUCAUACCCAAAGGCAUAAUGGAGAGGAGCCCUAUGAAGGUAACCUAUGUGGUAAAGCUUUUGUACAGAGGAAUAAUCUCAAAACACAUAAGAGGACACAUAAUAGAGAAGAACCUGCUGAAUGUAACCAAUGUUGUAAAGACUUUGUAAGAAGCAGUGCUCUCCAAAAUCAUAAAGGAACACACACAGGAGAGAAACGCUGUGAAUGUAAUCAAUGUGGUAAAGUCUUUGCACAAAGGAGUAGUCUCAAAAGACAUAAAAGAUCAUGUAAUGCAGAAAAACGUUAUAACUGUAACCAAUGUUGUAAAGCCUUUGUACAAAACCAUAAUCUCCAAAAAUAUAAAAGGACCCAUACAUUACAGAAAACCUAUGAAUGUAACCAAUGUGGCAAAGCCUUUGCACACAGCAGUACUCUUCAAAAUUAUAAAAGAACACACACAGGCGAGAAGCCCUAUGAAUGUCACCAAUGUGGCAAAGCCUUUGCACAGAGCAGUCAUCUCCAAAUACAUAUAAGAACUCAUACAGGAGAGAAACCCUAUGAAUGUAACCAAUGUGGCAAAGCUUUUGCAGACAGCAGUACUCUCCAAAAACAUAUAAGAACUCAUACAGGAGAGAAACCCUAUGAAUGUAAGCAAUGUGGCAAAGCCUUUGCACACAGCAGCACUCUCCAAAAACAUAAAAGAACACACACAGGAGAGAAACCCUAUGAAUGCAAUCAAUGUUGUAAAGCCUUUACACGACACAGUUAUCUCCAAAGUCAUAUACGAACACAUACAGGCGAGAAGCCUUAUGAAUGUCACCAAUGUGGCAAAGCCUUUGCAUAUAGCAGUCAUCUCCAAAUACAUGUAAGAACUCAUACAGGAGAGAAACCCUAUGAAUGUAAGCAAUGUGGCAAAGCCUUUGCAGACAGCCGUACUCUACAACAACAUAAAAGAACACACACAGAAGAGAAACCCUAUGAAUGUAAUCAAUGUUGUAAAGCCUUUACACGAAACAGUCAUCUCCAACGUCAUAUGAGAACACAUACAGGCGAGAAACCCUAUGAAUGUAACCAAUGUGGCAAAGCCUUUGCAGACAGCCGUACUCUACAACAACAUAAAAGAACACACACAGAAGAGAAACCCUAUGAAUGUAAUCAAUGUUGUAAAGCCUUUACACGAAACAGUCAUCUCCAACGUCAUAUGAGAACACAUACAGGCGAGAAACCCUAUGAAUGUAACCAAUGUGGCAAAGCCUUUGCAGACAGCAGUACUCUCCAAAAACAUAAAAGAACACACACAGGAGAGAAACCCUAUGAAUGUAAGCAAUGUGGCAAAGCCUUUGCACACAGCAGUACUCUGCAAAAACAUAAAAGAACACACACAGGAGAGAAACCCUAUGAAUGUAACCAAUGUGGCCAAGCCAUUGCACGCAGCAGUACUCUCCAAAGACAUAUAAGAACACACACAGAAGAGAAACCCUAUGAGUGCAACCAAUGUGGCAAAGCCUUUGCACAAAGGAGUAGUCUCAAAAGUUAUAAAAGAACAUAUAAUUGAAAAAACCUUAUGAAUUAACCAAUGUUGUAAACCCUUUGUAAAAAGUGGUGAAGUGGUGAUCACCAGAAAUAUAAAAGAAUGCAUACAGGAGAAAACCCUAUGAAUGUAAUCAAUGUGUGAAAGCCUUUGCAGGAAGUAGUAAUCUCUAAGAACAUAAACGAAGAUAUACUGGAGAGAAAACCUGUGAAUGUAACAAAUAUGCUACAGCCUUUGCACAAAAGAGUCAUCUACAAAACAAUAGAAGUUAUGCAGGAGAGAAACCCUUUAACUGUAACCAAUGUGCCAGAGCUUUUUCACAAAGCAGUGGUCUCUAAAAUCUUAAAAGUACACAUACAGGAGAGAAACUUUUUUGAAAGCAACCAGUGUGGUUUUAUAACAUAAACAAUCACAGCAGAAGAACCCAAUAAAUGUCUUAAAUGUUCUGAAGCCUGAGACAUCACAAGCAUGUGCAACUGCAUAACUGAAUAGGUACUAGAGAAAAAUGCUUGGACUGUAACUAAUGUGGUAAAACCUUUCCCAAAACAAUCAUCUCCUCGACCAUAACAUAAUACACACUGCAUAGGAACCCUAUGAAUGUAAGAAAUGUAGCAAACCUUUUGCAAAUGGUAGUACUUUGCAAGUAAAUAAAAGAAGACACACUCAAUAGACACCCUAUGAAUAUUAGCAGUGUGAUUAUGCCUUUGUAUUUGAACUAGAAAUCAUCUUUCAAAUACAUAAAAGAAGACAAACAGGAGGGACACCCUAAAAAUGUAAGCAAAGUGGUAACACCUUCGCAUAUCAGUCAUAUUCAAAGGCACAAAAUAAACCAUAAUUUAGAAAAAUCCUUUGAGUGUAUUUAAUACAACCUUGUGAGUGCAUUUAGCCUGGUGAAACCUUCAUAUAUUUCUAUAGCCUUCACCAACAUGAAACAAUCCGUACCAGAUAGUAACUAUGUGAAUAGAUUUAAUAUGGGGAGGUCUUUUCAUUUCUCACAUAUCAUCAUCAGGGCAAAAAAAAAAAGCUAUGAAGGCAUUGAAUAUGGUAAAUCCCUUGCACAUUUCUAAAGUCUUUAUCAUCAUGAAAAUAAUCAUGCUGUAAAGAUAUGAGUGUAAGCAAUGUGGAAAAGCCUUUGUGCAAUAGGGUUCUCUCAAAUACAACACAACUCAAACACAGGUGAUGAAAAUGGCAGGGAAAUGGCAGCUGCUCCUGGAUCAUGGACAGAAAAUGAACUCAAAGCCUAAACUGUGACAAGUAAGACAUCCCCUAAUCACUGUGACGCAGAAUGUCAUAGAGCUGCCAUCCCACAAUCAAAAUCUCUGACCAGAAUGGUCCCUGUGUAAAAGAACUGGAAGAACAAAAAUGGAGAAGAGCCUGAGGAAAAGGAGGUCCAAAUUGAUUUCCAGCUCAGUGGGAGGCACCAAGAUCUGACACUAUGAUUCAGGCUAUGGUAUGCUUACACACAGGGGCCUAUCAUGACAGACUUCUGAAAGACCCUAGAAGCAGCUGAAAGAGUCAGAUGGAGACAUUUACACCCAACCAAUGGGCAGAAACUGGGGACCGCUGUGCUUGAAUUAGGAAAAACCUAGAAAAACCUGAAGAGUGAUCCUAUAUGAAUACCAGCAGUGUCAAUUAACCUGGGCCCCUGGGAUGUCUCAGACACUGAGACCAGCCAGGCAGCAUAUACAUGAUCAUAGGAGCCCUCAACAUAUACAAUAGAGGACAUUUAGGUCUGGACCCAUUCAGAGAAGAUACACAUAUCUUCAGGAGACUUAGGGUGACACAAUGUGGGAUGGUGGGAUGGGGACAUCCUCUUGGGUGUGGUAGGGAGGAGGUGUGGGAUGUGGAACAGUCAGGGUAGACCGGGAGGGGGAUAACACUGGAAUGAAAAAGAAUUGAACAAUCAAUUAAAAAAUAACGAAACACAUCUGGGCCAAUUUCAGAUACAUUUUCCCACUGUCCAGAAUUUAGGGGUAGAUGCUUAUGUAGAUUAAAGUGUCACCUGUUUUCCGAUGUGGGUUUUACAGUUUAGUCAAUGGUAUUCGUUUGUUCUUUGGUGUUAGAGUACAAGUGUUGUGUUUUGAGGAGCAUAAGAUAAAUAGCCAGGGCAUUAUUAGAGACCGUCAUUAUGUUUUCAAAAAGAAAAAGAUGAGUAAAGGAAGGUGGCCAUCAAUGGGAAGUCCACAACUCCU